UUUGCAUAGUAUUCCACCCCUAUCAUUGAAGUACUCAACAAAGAAACAACCCAACUUUAUCUUUUGCUUUUAUGUUUGCCUUCUUUUUUAGUGUCUGACUCAUUCUUUAUCAAGGACUUUUACUUUUUCACUUUUUUAGUUUUUUAUGCUCAGACAAUGCAACCUUCUUCACCAAGAUUUUUGUGUUUUUGAUGAUAAUGCCCUUAAAAUUGUAAAUACUGUGGUAAAAAAUGUACUAUUGAUGCAUUUUAAAAAUGUGACCCUCAACUGUUAAUAAUGCCUUUAUAAGCUUCUGUACUAAGUAAGAGGGAUUAAUGUGACAUAUAUAUAAAUGUUCCUUCCUUAUCGCUUUCUUCAUAUAUGACAGGCUAUAAAUCCUAUAUUAAAACUUAAUUGACUAAAUACAGUAAUAUUUCUCUCAUCUCAAUAAAACAAAUAGUAAUACACUAAAGAAUGUUUUUUCAAUACCUUUAUAGCAUACAAUAUCUAAGUCUUCUUAGUCUUGAAGUUUAAAAGCUUUUGGUUUCAUUAUUUCAUUGGGAUUACCGCUCCAGCUUUCCAACAACUUAAUUAAUUACGUAUCAAGAUUUCAUUUGAAAGUUAUAUUUGAAGAGGUAUAGUGUUGACUACUUUUAAGGGCUUUAGUGUUAUUCCUUUAAGUUUACACUUGUAUAUAGAGAAUUGAAAUUCACUCCUUAGAAUAUGGUAAAGGGAGGUUCCUCUUAGAAGAAGAAUCAACAUUAAGAAAAACUCAAUGGGAAUCAAAAUCUCAGUAUCACACAUUGCUCUUAUUUUCAUCUCUCUAGCAGUUCUUCCUCGGAUUUCUGCACUUCUGGAAUCUGAUGGAAAUGCUCUACUAGAGUUUGCUUCUGCUGUUCCACAUGUCAGGAAGCUCAACUGGAAUUCUUCCACCCUGAUCUGCAGUUAUUGGGCUGGCAUAAAAUGUAACAGACAUGGAACAAGAGUUAUAGGUAUCCAUCUUCCAGGUGUUGGGUUUUUCGGUCAAAUUCCAGAAAAGACCAUAGGAAAGAUGGAUGCUCUUAGGGUUCUUAGCUUGAGAGGAAACCAUUUAAGUGGACCUCUUCCUUCUGAUAUCCUCUCCAUCCCUACCCUUCAAACUGUUUACCUUCAAGAUAACAACUUUACUGGACAAAUACCCACCUCUCUCUCUCCCAGACUUGUUAUCAUAGAUCUUUCUAGCAAUUCUUUUUCUGGGGACAUUCCCGCCAGUAUCAAGAAUUUGACACAUUUAUCUGUUCUUAACCUUCAGAACAAUUUCUUAUCUGGAUCCAUCCCAAAUCUUGAAUCUUCAAAGCUUAACUUCUUGAAUGUGAGUCAUAACAUGUUAAACGGGUCGAUCCCAGAUUCCUUCCAGAACUUUCCAGCUGCUUCAUUUCUGGGUAAUUCUCAUCUUUGCGGGAAACCACUCCCACAGUGCUCUACAGGAAUAGUGAAAGAAAAAGAUUCAAUUUUGAAGAAGAAGAAACUCAGUGUAGGGACUGUGAUCGCCAUUGUUAUAGGCGUGUGUUCAUUUCUGACUUUCUUGGGAUUGAUGAUCUCAUUCUUCUGUUUGAAGAAGAAAGUCUCUGAUGGGAGUGAUGGUAAAGAGAAGGUUGCUUAUGGUGGGAAGAGUGAGAAGCCAGAGGAUUUCGGAAGUGGGGUCCAGGAUGCAGAUAAGAACAAACUUGUGUUCUUUGAAGGAUGUUCUUACAGCUUUGACCUGGAAGAUCUGUUAAGGGCUUCUGCUGAAAUUCUUGGGAAGGGUAGUUAUGGAACAGCGUACAAGGCUUGUUUGGAUGAGUCAACAACGGUGGUGGUUAAAAGGUUGAAGGAAGUUGGAGCUGGGAAGAGAGAGUUUGAACAACACAUGGAGUUUCUGGGAAGGAUUUCACGCCACCCAAACUUGGCCUCUCCCCAGGCUUAUUACUAUUCAAAGGAUGAGAAGCUUGUUGUUCAUGAGUACAUGCCAGUUGGCAGCUUGUUUGAAGCUCUUCACGGGAACACCAGCAUGGAUAGAACUCCACUUGACUGGAAAUCCAGACUGAACAUAGCAUUAGGAACAGCAAAAGGAAUCGCACACAUCCACUCCCAAGGCGGCGUCAGAUUCACCCACGGCAACAUCAAAUCCUCCAACAUCCUCCUCACCACCACCCUCAAAGCCGCCGUCUCCGACUUCGGGUUGAGCCCUCUCAUGAACUACAUUGCCGUCAAACACCGGGGGCCCGGUUACCGGUCGCCCGAAAUGAUCGAGACCCGAAAAAUCACCCAGAAAUCAGACGUGUACAGCUUCGGCGUCCUCCUUCUCGAGAUGCUGACGGGGAAGUCGCCAGUGCCGACCGGGCGCGAUGACGUGGUAGAUUUGCCACGAUGGGUCCGGUCCGUCGUCCGGGAGGAGUGGACGGCGGAGGUUUUCGACGUGGCAUUGAUGAAGUACGAGAAUGUAGAGGAGGAGAUGGUGCAGAUGCUUCAAGUUGCUCUGACAUGUGUGGGGAAGGGGCAGGAUGCGAGGCCCACCAUGGAUGAAGUCGUUAGGAUGAUUGAGGAUGUUUGUCAGCCGCCGGAGGAGGGAAGUCAACCGUCCUCCGGCGACCGGUCUAGAUGCUCCAUUGCACCAACUCCGGAGUGAUACAAAUUUCAAAGGUUGUUUGGUCACGAAAAAAUGGAGGCGAGGACGAUGGACUUUUUUGUUAUUAAUUAAUUAAUUUAUUUCUCCACCACCCUCUGAAAUGUUCUGACCCAAACAAGGUCUUCAGAUUUGGCUCCAUAAACAGAUAAAACGAAAAUUUGCUGCAAAAAAAAAAAAACAGAUAAAACGAAAAAUGAGUUCUUGUUUUUGGUUUUGACCAAACAGAGCUUCAGUUUCAGUGCUCUUUGAUUAAGAAUUGGUUUAUCUGUUCCUGGAGCCAAAUGUUAAUGUUGUUUAACCUUUUGGCCUAUAUUGAUGGCUUACUAUACUCAAUUCUUUUCAUCAAGCAGAUCCACUGUAAACUUAGGUUGAUGAUUACUAAAUAUAGUCUACUUUUUAGCACAAACAGGAUUUUUGUUCAAUCAUCUUAUGAUAACAAAAGGGGUCAUGAUACUUCAGAUUUUGC